UCUGGUGUUUGUCGGUCCCAUAACCCAGGAGAAGGAGGGCAUUUGAGGAGAUAACAAAGCACAUUAAGGAAGCCCCAAAGGUGGACCCAGACGAGGUGGGGACCAUCCCCAGCAACCUGCACAAGGUGACUCAGGUGGAAUCCGGAGCCACUUUUCCUGUGUAGGCUGCGGCCCCAGUAAGUGGCUUUAGGACUUCUGUGAGUGGAGAAGGGAGCACUAGAUUCUACUUGUUCAUUGCUGGUGUAGAGGAACGUGGUGACGCCUGUGUGCUGACUGCUGCAGUCUUAUCUCGACGGCUCAGUGUUCCAGAGUGCUGGGAUCGAACCGGGCCGCACACAUGCCCAGCAGGCAGGCUGCCCCUGAGCUGCACGCCAGCCCUCCACUGAUGGCUCUUGCCUGAAACGCGUGUUGGUAUGUGUGUCAGAGGGCACAGCUCUGAAGAGCCUGGGGAGAUGGGCCGUUGCGUCUGCGAAGCAGAGACAUAACCCUGAGGUUCAGCACGACCCAGCUGUGGCCUGGGCCUCCCAAGGUCCGAUGUCUCAGAACGGCAGCACUCCGUGGUGGGCGGAGGGAGGGCGCUGACCAUGGUCACGCUCAUCACCGAGAAGCUGCAGAACCAGAGCCUGGAUGACCUUACCCACAAGGCCUGUGAAGCUGGCCCGUAUUCUGCUGAGAAACUGAACAAAAGUGGCCAUUUGUUCCCUUUGGAGGUCAGUGUGGACGAGAGCCCCUGGAAGGCUUUUCACACAGGGCGACCUGCUGGGAGCCAGGCGGCCGCGGGGCCUGUGUGCCCCUUCCUGCCAGGCCCCUGUGGCGUGGCGCACACUGAGGGUCUUCAGUGGAGGCCGGAGUCUCCCUGCUCCUGCACAGGCCCGGGGGUGGGCAGUGCUCUGAACCUCUGUGAGAACACAGGGCCACCGGCGGCACCACCGACCAAGCGACACUGCCGAUCUCUAUCCGAGCCCGAGGAGCUAGCACGCUGCCGGUCCCCAUGGCGCCCUGGUGGCUCCAAGGUCUGGACGCCAGUCUCCAAGAGGCGGUGCAACAGCGGCGGGAGUGCCACGCUGCAGCGUUGCGGCACCGGGAGCUCUGCCCUGCAGCGGAGCCCGGGCGCAGGCCUGCCCAGGAGCCCCACAUCGCCUGCCGGCCCCAUCUCGCCUCUGGUGCCCCGGCCAGCUUCAGCCAGUAGCGGCUUCGUGGACAGCAGUGAAGGCAGCUCAGGCUCGGGCCUGCCCUGGCGUCCCACAGGGCCCUGCCCGCUCUCCUCAAGGCGCCGCCUGUCCCUCUCACAGGAGCACCUCGCAGAGGCGGGGACCCGCCUGCCUUCAGCCAGCAGCACCCCCACAUCCACACCCGAGCUGGGCCGGCGUCAUGGCCUGCUGCGGUGCCGCUCACAGCCAUGCGUGCUCAGCGGGAGGAGGAGCCGGCGCAAACGGAGGCGUGAGGAGGAUGCCAGGUGGACGCGCCCGUCCUUGGACUUACUAAAAAUGACACGGACUUUAAAAAAUUCCAAGAGCCUUUGCUCCCUGGACUGCGAGGACGACAACGAGGACGAGGCCCAGGCGAAGACAGUCGUGUCCUCCCCGUGUGGCUCGCAGGCCCCAGUGGGCACCAGCACGCCAGGCUCCAGCCCCAGGGUUCCCGGGCCCUGCCCCACCAGCUCCUGGGCCUCCAGGGAGCCAGUGGCCAGCACAGGCGAGGGAGGGAGCAGUGGGGACCCCAGUGACUGGGACAGUGCUGGGGAGGAGGGCAUUUUCCCCUUGGACCGUGGCGACCUGGACCUGGAACAGAUUGAGAACAACUGAAUCUGGGCAGGCGGGGCCCGUGCGCCAGGUGAUGGCCGAAAUAGGUUUGUGCUAUUUUGAACAUGAGGUGUGAUUUUGAUUCAAUUUUUCCUAAAGAAGUAUUUUGCAUUUUUAUGGCUUUUACAAUUCGGGGAGAGCUCUCUAUUUUGAAAUGAGUUUUCAGAAGGGCAUUCUGUUAAAUGCGAGUCUGCCUGUGGA